AUGACUAGUUCAGAUAAUGAACCAAAACCACAACUGCAACAAAAAUCAACAUCUGUUGAUUCCACGUCAAGCUCCGCACCUCAAGAUUAUGCUCAGCAACCCGAAGAACAGGAUGUACAACAAGAAAAGAUAGGGAAGGACCCCGUUCCGGAAUCGUCCAUACCCAUCUCACCAAUACUUUCACUUGCUUCCAGUGACUUGGAAAAUCCAGACAACCAUCAUCAUCACCAUCAUCACCAUCCACUAACAACAACAUCUCGAGACUCUAGCCUACCACCCGACGGACAUCGUCCCCCUCUCCAUGUCUCUACUGAACCAAUAUCCAGAACCACAUCAAUAGCAACCAACAGAGUACCGAGAAAAGAUAGAAGAGGUCUCUUGGCCCAACUAGUCCUCAUCCCAGAAUAUCAAGAUGCAAGAGACUAUCCCACCAAUGUCAAAUACCUAAUUAUCACAAUCAUCGCAUUCGCAUCCAUCACGGGGCCCAUGGGGACUUCAAUCAUGUUGCCUGCUAUCGAUGCCAUCGUUAUAGAUCUAAAUACCAGUACUUCAGUCGUCAAUAUUUCCGUGGGGAUUUAUUUAUUAUCAUUAGGUAUAUUCCCACUUUGGUGGUCGGCGUUUAGUGAACAGUUCGGAAGAAGAUCUGUAUAUAUGAUUUCCUUUGCUUUGUUUGUUGCAUUUUCCAUUGGGACUGCGUUAUCUCCAAAUAUUGCUUCUUUGAUCAUUUUGAGAGUUUUGCAGGGUGGAAGUUCGGCAUCAGUGCAGGCAGUGGGUGCGGGUACUAUCGCGGAUUUAUUUAUUCCACAAGAGAGAGGAACGGCUAUGGGUUGGUAUUAUUUGGGUCCACUUAUGGGACCUUUUUUGGCACCGAUUUUAGGAGGUAUUGUGUCUGAUGCUUGGGGUUGGAGAGCUACUCAGUGGUUAUUGGUUAUAUUUUCAGGAUGUAAUUUCUGUUCGAUUAUGUUUUUGUUGCCGGAAACAUUAAGACAAGCGGAGAAUUUACAGGCAGUUAGAGAGUUAUUAAAAACUGCGGCUGCAGCUCAACAUGACCAUACCUUAGAGGAGCAGGAAGAAGAAGAUAAGAAUAAUUCCCAUGAUUCUAAUUCUUUGGAUCUGAAUCGUCUUCAACCAGUGUUAACCAACUUAAGUCGAAUGACCACCCACUCAAUAAUGACUGCCUUGGAAGAAGAAGGUCCAGUCAUGGAUCCAGUCACACCUGCAAUCAGUCGAUUCCCCACCAAUAGAUCCACCUACUCAAGAAGAAUCCAACAGGAUUUAGAAAAUGAAACACAAUCCCGAAUAAUAUCAACCAUAUCACUCCCUCAACCACCUAGAUCCAAAUGGGCCACUUUCAAAACCAACUCCUACGAUAUCGUCAUCCGUCCAAUGCAUUCAAUCGUAUUAUUAAAACACCCGCCAGUGGCACUCGUAGUCGCAUAUUCGGCCAUUUCCUUCGCAGUAUUAUAUUUCUUCAAUAUGACAAUCACAUACUCCUAUUCCCGAUCCCCAUACAAUUUCCGAGAAAUCAUAGUUGGAUUAUUAUAUAUCCCCAAUUCCGUCACCUAUAUAAUUGCUUCAAUGUUGGGUGGGAAAUGGAACGAUUAUUUAUUAAACAAAUAUAUCAAAAAACAUGGUGAGGUAGUUCCUGAGGCGAGAAUCUCUUGGAAUGUCGUGGUGGCGGUUAUACUCUUGCCCAUAGCAUGUCUUAUUUUUGGUUGGACUAUUGAAUAUGGUGAGUUCUGGUUGGUGCCUUUGAUCGGAACUGCGUUGUUUGGGUUUGCUACUAUGUUGCUUAUAACUGCAGUCGUUACCUAUUUGGUUGACACAUUACCGGGAAAAGGUGCGACUGGGGUUGCACUUAAUAAUUUAAUAAGACUAGUUCUUGCGGCUAUCGCGACGUUUAUUGUAGAACCAUUAUUGGCAGCAAUUGGACCUGGGAUCUUGUUUUCCAUCCUAAUGGGGAUUCUUACGGUUAGUUCAUUGGUUUUAUGGUAUUUGAAGAGACAUGGGAUGUAUUUUAGAGAAAACUAUGAUAUUUCGAUCUUAUAUGAUAAGUUAUAA